AUGGCCAGAUCGGAGCCAGAGAUAAGCGGUGGGGACGGCCUUAAUCACCUUUUCCGUUGUGCAGUGGAAUGUACAGUAUGCGCUUUUCGCCUCCGCAGAGACAUGGACUGGGGGUGCCGCCGGUCCACCAUUGCACUCUUUUAUGGGGGCUCCUACUUUUAUGGUUAGACGCACGUCAAUCCAGCGCACUUCCUGAACCGUUUCUAAAAUUCGUAUCGUUUUCAUUGAUUUAAAAAAAGACGAAAUGUCGCGAAAUUAUCGACACUUUUUCUCGUCCGAAAUAAUUGCUUUUUCUCGAAAAGGAAGAAGAAAGAUAAGAAAAUGCUUUUUAUCGGAUAGUGACAUUUCGUUUUGAACGAAUCACCAAAAAGGGGCGGGAAAUUUUUUCUUCUAUUUUGGAUUGACGUCCGUCUUUCCUUUCCAUUUUGAUUCUGCAGCGGCGGAAAAAGGGAAAUUUUUGUUUCGAGAGAGAAAUCCUCAAAAAAAGUCGUCCACAUGUUUUAGACUUACCUUAAUGUAUUUUUAGGUAUUCGUCUGGCCUAUUUUUCCCACUUCGUCCCUGGAAAUAAUAUUUCGGAGCCCCGAUUAAUUGAACAGUUCUCCAACAGACAGCUUUUUUUCAUCAACGUUGCCCAGACGAUUGCGGCGAUGACGGGGCGUUUUUGGAACGACUAUGUAACGAGUCGCUAUGUGCCAGCUCGAGUUCGUGUUUGGGGAGCUCUUGCCAAUUUUAAAGGAUUUGCCGAGGCUUUUCGUUGCCCUGCUGGUUCGAAAUAUCACCUUCCAGUGGACCAGGGAUGCAAUAUCUUUGACUCUGACAUCCGUAGCACAACCACGACGACGACGACAACUACGACCACAACUACAACGAGGACUACAUCAACGGCUACAACGACUACAGAAGUUACAACGACGGCUACAACGACUACAGAAACUACAACGUUGGCUACAACGACGACUACACCAACUACCACUGCAACGACCACAGAAACUACAACAACCGCUGCGACGACUACAGAACCUACAACGUUGGCUACAACGACUACAGAAACUACAACGAUGGCUGCAACGACUACAGAAACUACAACGAUGGCUGCAACGACCACAGAAACUACAACAACCGCUGCAACGACUACGGAACCUACAACGACCGCUGCAACGACUACAGAAACUACAACGAUGGCUGCAAAGACUACAGAAACUUCAACGACGGCUGCAACGUCGACUACACCAACUACCACUGCAACGACCACAGAAACUACUGCAGAAGCUCCUACAACAAUGACUACAGCAGAAGCUACAACUAG